CGCAUCUCGCGUCGUCAUGGUCACAGUUGUCACGGUGACACUGGGGGAGGCGAACGGACCGGUUCCGCCCUCCACUGCAGCUGCAAGGCGGCCGUUGCAGGAGCGCGGGACCAUAGGCGCUGAGCAGAGCUGCCUCCAGCCUGGUUCCUCCCUCCUUCCGUGCUUCCUGACGCCUCGGUCCCCGGUGCUCGGAGGGCUGCCUCUCCCCUACGUAGCCAAGCCACGGCCUCGCUGACCCUCAGCCCGUCUGCGUGGCGGGGAGAGGUGGGAGGAGCUGCCACGCCCCGCAUCCGCACCCAGCCAUCUCCCGCCCCGUGCGGUGCCAGCUGCCCUGAGCCCACCUUGCCCUCUCUCUUUAAGCGCCAGGCACACCUGCAGCCAGUUCACCCUGCCCGGACCAAAGGGGGUGACAUUCGAGUGAUAGGCGGAGUGUCCCGUGGCUCCCGGCACUGACUUGGGACCCGGAAGGGACGUCUUUUGGUAAUUGUGGUUGCUUGAAGCUUGUCGCCCCCUGGCCUACCCGGGUAGGAGAGCAUGUGCUAGGCCUAUAGCACCGUGAGCCAGCCCAAGCAGUGUCUGUAGAACUGGCACUCUUAAUAGUUGGGCGAAAUGGCUAUGACACUAUUGGAAGACUGGUGCAGGGGAAUGGAUGUGAACUCACAGAGAGCUCUGUUGGUCUGGGGGAUCCCCAUGAACUGUGAUGAGACCGAAAUCGAAGAGACCCUCCGAGCUGCGAUGCCCCAGGUAUCCUAUCAAGUACUGGGGAGAAUGUUCUGGAGGGAAGAAAAUGCCAAAGCGGCCUUGUUAGAGCUCACUGGGGCAGUGGAUUACUCCCUGAUCCCCAGGGAGAUGCCAGGCAAAGGUGGGCUCUGGAAAGUGGUGUUUAAGCCCCCCACUUCCGACGCGGAAUUUUUAGAAAGGCUGCAUCUCUUUCUAGCUAGGGAAGGGUGGACCGUGCAAGAUGUUGCUCGUGUGCUUGGGUUUCAGAACCCUGCCCCAGCUCCAGGCCCGGAAAUGCCAGCAGAGAUGCUCAACUAUAUUUUGGAUAAUGUUAUUCAACCUCUUGUUGAGUCCAUAUGGUAUAAGAAGCUGACAUUGUUCUCCGGGAGGGACAUUCCCGGGUCUGGCGAGGAGACCUUUGAUUCCUGGCUGGAGCACUCAAAUGAAGUCAUAGAGGAAUGGCAGGUGUCGGAUAUAGAAAAGAGACGGCGAUUGAUGGAGAGUUUGAGAGGCCCUGCUGCUGAUGUCAUCCGCAUCCUCAAGACCAACAACCCUGCCAUAACCACCGCGGAAUGCCUGAAGGCCCUUGAGCAGGUGUUUGGGAGUGUGGAGAGCUCUAGAGAUGCACAGGUCAGAUUUCUGAACACUUACCAGAACCCAGGAGAAAAGUUAUCUUCUUAUGUCAUCCGUCUGGAGCCUUUGCUGCAGAAGGUAGUGGACAAGGGGGCCAUUGAUAAAGAUAACGUGAACCAGGCUCGCCUGGAGCAAGUCAUCGCUGGGGCCAACCACAGCGGGGCCCUCCGAAGACAGUUGUGGCUGGCCGGGGUUGCGGAAGGGCCCGCACCCAACCUCUUCCAGUUACUGGUGCAGAUUCGAGAGGAGGAAGCCAAAGAGGAGGAGGAGGAGGCUGAGGCCGCCCUCUUGCAGCUAGGCCUAGAGGGGCACUUCUGAGGCCCAGGAUUGGCCAGGCUGCCUUUGAUAACCCUGUGAAGUUUUUAGUCAGCCUGCCACUCAAAGUAAACACCCAGCCUCCUCCCGGUUCUGUUUUGUUUUCUGAGGGAUGGGAUAGGAAAGCGAGGCCGCAUAUUUCUGUAACAUUCACAGAAUUGUGUAAUUGGCAGGAGCUGCAGCAGUGAAAGUGGUUCAUACUGCCUAAAGUGAAUGCUUGAUGCCAGCCCUCCUGGGAACAUCUCUGUGAAGCUGUGACACUUCCUGUCAAGAUGGUUGCGAAGCUGCAAGUUCGGAUGCUAAGUAUGUGCCUGGUUCACAGGCUGGACCAAACUCAAAUACAAGUACAGACUCUUGUAUUUGUUACUAACACUGUGGAUAGUUUUACUGUAAAUUGUUCCUAGUUUAUAUCGAUGGAAAGAAUGUGAUUCUAUUAGAUGAUAUUACUCA